AUGUCUAAAAUAUGGGAAGACAUUGUGGGAAUUGUAGUAUCUAAACCUGAAAUGCUGGGCUUUUUUCAUUCGAAUACUACAAUUGAACUUAGGGAUGGCUUGAGGGCAAAGUUUUGGCUUGAUAAUUGGGCUGGUUCAGUUUGCUUGAAGGAUAUGUUCCCUAGACUCUUUUUAUUGGCUCUGAACAAAUCUGAAUCCGUGUCUAUAGUGAGAGCUAGAGUUGGUCAACAUGAUUGGUAUCCAUUGUUUCGAAGGAGUUUAUUUGUAUGGGAAAUGGAGGAAUUAGAUAGAUUGAAGGGGAUGUUGCUUAAUGCAUCUGAGUUAAGGGUGAAUGUCACUGAUAAACUGAAAUGGAUAGCGGAUCCUUCAUGA